GAUCACUUUUUGUUCCCCAUGCAUACAUUUUCUUAUUAUUUUCCUUUCUCUUUAUUUACUCUCUAAAUCUUAGUUUGAUCUCAUAAUUCAUUACACUUCUCAUCACCUCUUCAAGCAAAAAUAAUCGACCAAAAUCACUACUUAUGAUCAUCCAUUUCAAAGUAGAGUGAGAAGCUUCAAAACGAAACGAUGGAGUUGGUGCUGGAGUGGAGACUAGUGAAGAGCUGAUUCCUCAUUCCUAGUUUGUCACAAUCUGUCUCAUGAGAUGUAGUCAUACUUGGUUCAAGAAAAUCAAGAAGAAAGUAUGGAGUGUGCAUCUAAAAUUGUAGAAAGGGCUGUCGAUGUUGUGUUGGACCUGACUAUUCGGCAUGUGGGUUACAUCUUCUAUUACAAGGAAAAUGUUAAUGAGCUACGCAGUCUUGAUGAAAAGCUAAGUCUUCAAAGAAAGAGGCUGGAACAUGCAGUAGAUGAAGCUGAGGAUAAUCUGGGAAUAACUGAAAGUGAUGUUACAGCUUGGCUUCAGAAAGUGGAUAAAACUAGAACUGAAACAGAGGAGUUUCAAAAUGAUGAAGGCCACAUGAAGACAAGGUUUUCCAGUGGUUUAUUUCAUUACUUCAGGAACAGGCAUAGACUAGGGAGAAAAGCAAAGAAGAUGUUAGUGGAUGCCAAGUCAUUAAUAGAUGAGUCAAAGUUUGAUGGAGUUUCAUAUCACCAAAAGCCAACAUCUAUGCAUGCUGCAUUGCUUAAUGCUGGCUAUGUUGAAAUUAGUUCCAGAAGACAAACUAUUGAAAAGAUAAUAGAAAAACUCGAAGAUUCUACAGUGAGAUUGAUUGGAGUGCAUGGGCCAGGUGGUGUGGGUAAGAGCACAUUAAUCAAAGAAAUUGUAAAGAAAGCUCAAGACAAGAAGUUGUUCAGUGUGGUAGUUAUAGUCGAAAUAACUGACAAUCCCAAUCUUCGAAAAAUCCAGGAAGAAAUUGCGUACGUGUUAGGAUUGAGUUUGGAAGGGGAAGGUGAGAGUGUCAGAGCAGAUCGUCUAAGGAGGAGGUUAAAGACAGAGAAGGAAAACACCCUUGUCGUCAUGGAUGACCUUUGGGACAGAAUAGACUUGAAUAAGAUAGGGAUUCCAUUUGAUGAUGAUAUGGAUGAUGAUUCAAGUAAUAUGACAAUUGAAGAUAUGAAGGGUCCUAACUUCACAACUGUAAAAAAAGGAAAACCUCCUGGUUAUUAUAAGGGGUGCAAAAUUUUGCUAACUUCGAGAGAUAGAAAAGUAUUGUCUGAUAAAAUGGACGUCAAGUCAGUUUUCUGUGUGAGAGAAUUAGAUGAUAAGGAAUCUCUAAUGUUGUUUAAGAAGGUGGCUGGAACACUUGAUGAAAUGUCCACAUUUAAGCAAGAGAUUGUUAAGAAGUAUUGUGCAGGGUUACCCAUGGCAAUUGUUACUGUUGGAAAGGCAUUAAGAAAUAAGAGUGAGUCAGUAUGGGAAGCCACACUAGAAAAACUUAAAAAAGAGGAGCUGAGUGGAGUGCAGAAGUCUAUGGAGAUUUCAGUAAGGAUGAGUUAUGAUCAUCUAGAAAGCGAGGAGAUGCGGUCCAUUUUCUUACUUUGUGCUCAAAUGGGUCAUCAACAAUUAAUUAUGGACUUGGUGAAGUAUUGCUUUGGUUUGGGUAUACUCGAAGGGGUCUAUACGCUAAGGGAAGCACGUGAUAGAGUAUAUGCAUCAAUCCAGAAGCUAAAAGACUCGAGUUUGAUGUUGGAUGGUAGUUCCAAUGAUCAUUUCAAAAUGCAUGAUAUGGUGAAAGAUGCUGCGUUGUCUAUAGCACACAAGGAGCAAAAUGUAUUUGCUUUAAGAAAUAGCAAAUUAGACGACUGGCCAGACAAGGAUCAACUCGAAAGGUGCACCGCUAUAUCUAUACGCAACUGUGAUAUCAUUGAUGAGCUUCCUAAAGUCAUGCAUUAUCCUCAACUUAAAUUCUUCCAAAUUGACAGUGAUGAUCCUUCUUUGAAAAUACCUGAGAAUUUUUUUGAAGGAAUGGAAAAACUCAGGGUAUUAAUAUUGAUGGGUUUUCAUUUACCAUGCUUACCAUCUUCAAUUAAAUGCCUAUUAAACCUCAGAAUGCUUUGUAUGGAGCGGUGUGUUCUAGUUAACAACUUAUCCUUUGUAGGAGAGCUGAAAAAGUUAAGAAUUCUCAGCUUUUCCGGAUCUCAAAUUGAAAGCUUGCCAACUGAGUUAGAACGCUUAGAUAAGCUACAGUUGUUUGACAUCAGCGACUGUUCCAUAAUGAAAGUGGUUCAACCUAAUUUCAUAUCAAGGUUGACUUGUUUAGAAGAGUUGUAUAUAAGAAAGAGCUUGAUCAAAAUGAAGAUAGAUGGAGAGCCAAACCAAAGUCAAAUUUCAUUUCUUUCUCAGUUAAAACAUUUGCACCAAUUGAGAGUUGUAGACUUGACCAUCCCGAGUACUACAGUUUUGCCCAGGGAUUUGUUCUUUGACAGAUUAACAGAUUACAAAAUUGUGAUUGGAGACUUCAAGAUGCUUUCAGCUGGAGAUUUCAGGAUGCCAAAUAAGUAUGAAGCGUUAAGAUCUUUGGCAUUGCAGCUGACAGAUGGUGCUGAUAUUCACUCCCAAAAAGGGAUAAAGUUGUUGUUCAAAAGAGUUGAAAAUUUGUUGUUGGGAGAGCUAAAUGGUGUUCAAAAUGCUUUUUACGAGUUGAAUUUGGAUGGAUUUCCAGAUCUUAAGCAUUUAUCCAUCAUAAAUAACGAUGGCAUUGAAUAUAUCGUUAACUCAAUGGAGCUAUUCCAUCCUCAGAAUGUUUUUCUCAAUUUGGAAUCUCUAUGCCUCUACAGACUGAAGAACAUAAAGAUGUUGUGUUAUACUCCAGUUACAGAGUCCUCAUUCGCCAAAUUAAAAAGCAUCAAGGUCAAGAUGUGUACCCAGUUGAAAUUUCUCUUCUCCUUUUACAUGGUUGGUUUUUUAGCUUGUCUAGAAACAAUCGAUGUUUCUGAAUGUGAUUCUUUGGAGGAGAUUGUUGUCAAAGAGGGGCAAGCAAAUUGUAAUAAGAUUGAGUUUCAUAAGCUACGCUCUUUGACACUACAAUCAUUACCAUCAUUUACUAGCUUUUACACCGGUGUUGAGAUGCUCUCUGUAGAAGAGCAAACAACAAAAAGGGAUCCCAUAGAAAUUAGUGUUGCAGAAGAUGAUUGCAGUGUCGUGGAUCCCCUUUGUCUCUUUGAUGAACUGAUUGAAAUUCCAAAUCUGGAGAGUUUGAAAUUAUCCUCAAUCAAAAGCGAAAAGAUAUGGAGAGACCAGCCUCUUUCAAAUUUCUGCUUUCAAAACUUAAUAAAAUUAACUGUGAAAGAAUGCUAUAACUUAAAAUACUUAUGUUCAAUGUCAGUGGCUGGCAAUUUUAAGAAAUUGAAAGGCCUUUUUAUAAGUGAUUGUUGGAUGAUGGAGAAUAUUUUUAUCACUGAAGGAGACAGUGUGGACAAGGUAUGCAUCUUUCCUAAGUUGGAGGAAAUCCACCUAACCAAACUAAAUAAGUUGACAGACAUAUGGCGAGUUGAAGUUGGUGCUGAUUCCUUUUCUAGUCUCAUUUCUGUGCAAAUUGAAGGGUGUAAACAACUUAACAAGAUUUUUCCAAGUCACAUGACUGGAUGGUUUGGGAGUUUAGACAGCUUGAAGGUUAUUGAUUGCAUGUCGGUGGAAGUGAUUUUUGAAAUUAAAGAUUUUCAACAAAUAGAUGCAUCUAUGAAGGUGACAAACCUGCAGCUUAUUUUGGUAGACCAACUCCCAAAUCUAAAGCAAGUAUGGGACAGAGAUCCAGAAGGAAUUCUUUGCUUCAAAAAUCUGCGGGUUAUAGAGGCUACACGCUGUAAUAAACUAAGCUAUCUCUUACCAGCUUCUGUGGCCAAAGAUCUAAAAAGGCUUGCAGGCAUAUCAGUAAAUCUUUGUGAUGGAAUGGAGGAAAUUGUUGCUUGGCAAGAUGGACCACAAGCACGAUUAAUGUUUCCUGAAGUAACCUUCAUGAAACUGUAUGGCCUGCCAAAUGUGAAGCGUUUCUAUGAGGGGGGACAUAUAGAAUGUCCAAAAUUGAAGCAGUUGGCUGUGGACUUUUGUGAGAAGCUGGACUUGUUCACAACAGAAACCACAAAUGAAGAAAGACAAGCAGUUUUCUUAGCUGAAAAGGUAAUCUCCAACUUGGAGUUCAUGGAAACUGGCUUAAAGGAAUCACUUUGGUUAAAGAGCAACAAUUGGAAGUACCGAAUGGACCGUAUAAAAGAGCUUAGCUUACGCUCGUUACGGAGUAUUGAACUUCUCUACUGGUUUCUGGACAGAAUGCCCAAUCUGGAAAGGUUUAACUUGCUUUUCUCUCACUAUAAGCUUGAAGGGUUAGUUCCAAGUGGAAACGUUGUAUCACAAGAAAGACUGGGAACUGUAUUACAGCUCAAGACAUUGACUUUGUGGUCAUCAGAGAUAAAUGAUCUAGGACUUGACCGAGACCCACUUCUACAACGACUGGAGCAUUUGCUCUUAGGUGCCUGCAACAGUUUGGUCAACUUAGCCCCUUCCUCGCUAUCUCUGUCUCACUUAACAUAUUUGGAAGUAAACUCUUGUAUUGGUUUAGUGAAUUUAAUGGCAGUCUCAACAGCUAAAAGCAUGGUUCAACUUGCAACAAUGAAGAUAAUCCGUUGUAAAGUAAAAGAAAUAGUAACCAAUGAAGGAAAUGAAGAAGACAAAGUGAUUGAAGUUGUAUUUAGAAAAUUGGUUUGUUUAGAGCUGGUGAGAUUAAAGGACCUUACAAGUUUCUGCAGCUACAAGAACUGUGAAUUUAAGUUCCCAUCAUUGGAAAGAUUGAUUGUGAGAGAAUGCCCCAAGAUGGAGACAUUCACUGUGGGUCAGACAACAGCAUCAAAGCUUCAAAAUAUACUUGCCAUUGAAGGAGAAGAAGAAGAGAAACGGUAUUGGGAAGGUGACUUGAAUAUCACUAUACAGAAAAUUUUCAAAGACAAGAUUUCUUUCGAAUACACGGAGCAGAUGAACCUUAUUGAUUAUCCUGAAUUAUUAGAACAAGUAUGGGAUUGCAGUGAUUUAGUGCAGGACUACAUGUUUCGCAAUUUGACAUCCUUGGUAGUAUCACAAUGUAAUAAUCUAGUACAUGUAAUUCCAUCUCAUUUACUUCCUUGCUUUGAGAAUUUGGAAGAGUUAAAAGUAUGGGAUUGCAGUGCAGUGAAUGUCAUAUUUAAUUUAAAUGACACAAGGGUCACAAAAGCUUUGAGUAAAUUCCGCUUGAAAAAGUUGUCAUUAGAUGGUCUACCAAUCCUGGAGCAUAUAUGGGACAAAGAUCCUGAAGGAAAUUUUGGCCUUCACUUGCUACAAGAAAUGCGUGUUGACAGUUGUUAUACCCUCAAAUACUUGUUUCCUGCAUCGGUGGCUAAAGAUCUUACUAGACUCGAGGUGCUUAUUGUAAAUUACUGUAAAGAGUUGGUAGAAAUAUUUUCAAAGGAUGAAAUACCUCCAGAAGGAGCAACAAUAGAGUUCCCUCGUUUGACCACAUUACACCUAACAGAUUUGCCAGGGCUCAAAGACUUUUAUCCGGGUUUACAUAAGCUAGACUGGCCUGUGCUAAAAGAUUUGAGUGUUUAUCAUUGUAACUUGCCGGUGCUCAAAUUUCAAGAAGAUCAUCAGGAGCAACCCCUUAUUCCAAUUGAAAAGAUUCCCAAUAUGGAGAUGUUAUCAUUUGGUAUUGGAGGCGCCAUUGUUAUGUGGGAUCGGGGGUCUUGGAAAUUGCAACUUCACUGUCUGCAACGCUUUCAAGAAGAGUCAGAUAGUGUUCUAUAUGGGUUCCUUGGCAUGUUACCUGCUAUACGAAAGCUUGAAUUGUACCAGGGUUCACUCGAAGAGAUGUUCUGUGCUGAAAGACCUAAUGCUGAUUACACAAGAAUUCUCUUAAACCUAAAAGAAAUAAUGUUAUUUAAUGUGGGUAAUCUCAACUCCAUUGGUUUAGAGCACUCUUGGCUACACCCCAUUCCUGAAAAUCUCCAAACAUUAAAAAUAACUUCGUGUAAUCGUUUAGUAAACUUGGUACCACACAUGGUAUCUUUGUCCAACCUUACAUAUUUGGAUAUAUACAUGUGUAAAGGAAUGCUAUAUCUGUUCACUUCCUCAACAGCCAAAAGCUUGUGCCAACUCAAAGAGAUGAAGAUAGAAUUGUGUGAAUCAAUGCAAGAGAUAGUGUCCACAGAGGGGGUUGAGUCACAUGCAGAUGGGAAAAUAAUAUUUGAGCACCUCCACACUUUGCUUCUAAAAGAUUUAGAAAAGUUAAGGUGUUUUUACCCUGGAAAAUUUGCAUUAUGCUUUCCAUCCUUGGAGAAAGUGUCAUUGAUUCACUGCAGCUUGAUGAAAACCUUCAGUCCAGUCAACAAAAUAGAUUCAACCAUACUGUCUUCUGGAGUAACAUUCAAAAGAGAAGAAACACCACAAUGGGAAGGUGAUCUGAAUUCUACAAUACUCAAGAGGUUUGAGGAAAAGAUUUCUGACUAUGCACCAAAAGGAACUAUUGUGAGUCUCAUAGAUCAGCCAAUACUACAGGAUAUAUGGCAUGGCUCACUGCCAGUCCCUCACAUGUGCUUCAACAAUUUGGAGGAAUUGAUUGUGAAUGGGUGCCAAUUUUUAUUCGAAGUACUACCAUUCAAUUUACUUCCUUUCUUAACAAAAAUAGAAAAGUUGGCAGUUCGAAAUUGCAAUUUUGUGAAAACAAUAUUUGAUGUGAAAUGUACAAUAGAAGACAGAAAAAUGACAGUUAAGGGACCAGUCCUGAUCCCCCUCCCUUUUUCCCUGAAGAAAUUGACUUUAGAGCAGUUGCCAAAUCUGGAGAGUGUUUGGAAUGAAGAUCCUUGUGGAAUUCUAACAAUUGAACUUCUAAAAAUAGUAUAUGUUGACGAGUGUAAAUGCCUUACAAGUUUGUUUCCAGCAUCAGUAGCCAAAGAUCUUGUGAAACUUGAAGAACUACAUGUGAAACAUUGUGAAGAGCUGAUUGUUAUUGUUGCAGAGAAUAAUGCAGAUCCCAAAGGAACAAAUUUGGAGCUUUCUUUCCCUUGUGUGAUCUCAUUGACACUACUAGAAUUGCCAAAGCUCAAGUGUUUUUACUGCUCACUGCAUUUUGACAUGUUGAAGAUAUCCGCACAUCAAGAGUCACAUUCUGAAGAUGAAGUAAUCGAUAUUGAAAAGCUCACACCCAACCUGCAGUGUUUGUCACUGGGAAAGAAAGAAUUGAAGACUAUUUCGCAAAGAAACCGCUUGCCCAAAUUAAAAGUUCUUCAUUUGGCCUGCUUUAAUGUUGAAUCAGAUAUAUUUCCAUAUGCAUUCUUACAACAGGUGCCCAAUAUAGAAAAGCUUGCGGUGUUGUCUAGUUCCUUCAAGGAGAUUUUCUGCUUUCAAGGAUCUGAUGUGGUCUAUACAGAACUCCUAUCCCAUCUGAAAGGAAUAACAUUGGAGUUACUUACAGAGCUUGUUUCCAUUGGGUUAGAGCACUCUUGGGUUGAACCCUUGAUCAGGAAUCUAGAAACAUUGGAAAUAGCUAGAUGCUUUCGAUUAAGGAACAUAGCAGCAUCCACUAUAUACUUCUCCAAUUUGAUGCGUUUAUUUGUUUCUGGCUGCCACGGAUUGGUAAAUUUGUUCACGCCCUCAACAGCCAAAAGUUUGGUUCGACUCAAAACGAUGAAGAUAAUUUGUUGUGAGUCAAUACAAGAGAUAGUGUCUCAUGAGGGUGGCGCAUCAGAAGAGGAUGAAAAAAUAAUAUUUGAGGAACUCCAGGCUUUGUAUCUUAAAGAUUUACAAGAGCUCAAAUGCUUUUAUUCUGGGAAUUUUACAGUGUGUUUUCCAUCCUUGGAGCAAGUGUUUGUAAUCAACUGCCACAAGAUGGAAAAUUUCUCUCCAGGUACCGUUAAUGCAGACAAGUUGUUAGGAGUUAAGUUUCAGGAUAUGUCCGAUGUUGUCCUAUUGGACAUUGAUCUCAACUCUACCAUACAAAAGGAGUUUCUGGCACAGGCUGACUCAAACUCUAAAAACUCAGUAAGACCGUAAGAGGAUAUAGGACAUUGAUGAUAAAGACUGUUGAAUGGUUGGAGAUUGAAAGAAUACAUUACAUUCUUUUUAAUUUGACUAGGUGAAGCCCAACUCAGAUGCUGCAGAAAAAUGAGGUUGAUGGUAAAGACAGUUUUAUGAAGAGGAACGAAGUUGUCUUGUGGUCAUACUAUUUUACUUUAUUAUAUUUGGAUAUAUUCCAGUGUUAUUGUUUUGUGUUUAAGAAAAAUAAGUAUGCAAUUUGUUGAUUGCUCUAUAUAUUAAUGUGACAGUGUGUGUGAUUAUGUGAGUUAUUGGCGUACAUGAAGAGCAAAAGAGAACUAUAUCAAGGAUGGUAUUGUUUUAUAUAUGUACUAUUAAACAUAAAAGAAAAUAUGUGUUCUUGUAUGUUAUCUUUUAGAUACAAACUCGUGAACAUAUUUUUCUGUAUGAAAUAUCGGUUGUUUGUUUUUUCUUAAUUUUGUCCAUUUAUAUCAAGUUUUAGUUCAAUUAUAAAUGUCAUUUAAGAGUACAUUAUAUAUGAUUAGUAGCUUCUGAAUCUAAAAUCUAGGAUCAUUUACCAGAGUUAGGAGAUGCAGUGGAAAGAUUCCCUUGUCUUGCAAG